AGGGCGGAUGUUGUGCUUGUUAAAAUAAUUGGUGUACUUGUUGAGAUAGACGUUAAGGCGGAUGUUGUGCUUGUUGAAAUAAUUGGUGUGCUUGUUGAUAGAUGUUAGGGCGGAUGUUGUGCUUGUUGAAAUAAUUGGUGUACUUGUUGAGAUAGAUGUUAGGGCGGAUGUUGUGGUUGUUGAAAUAAUUGGUGUACUUGUGGAGAUAGAUGAUAAGACGGAUGUUGUGCUUGUUGAAAUAAUUGGUGUACUUGUUGAGAUAGAUGUUAGGGCGGAUGUUGUGGUUGUUGAAAUGAUUGAUGUGCUUGUCGAGAUAGAUGUUAAGACGGAUGUUGUGCUUGUUGAAAUAAUUGGUAUACUUGUUGAGAUACAUGUAAGGACGGAUGUUGUGGUUGUUGAAAUAAUUGGUGUGCUUGUCGAGAUAGAUGUUAAGACGGAUGUUGUGCUUGUUGAAAUAAUUGGUGUACUUGUUGAGGUAGAUGUUAGGGCGGAUGUUGUGCUUGUUAAAAUAAUUGGUGUACUUGUUGAGAUAGACGUUAAGGCGGAUGUUGUGCUUGUUGAAAUAAUUGGUGUACUUGUUGAGAUAGAUGUUAAGACGGAUGUUGCGCUUGUUGAAAUGAUUGGUGUACUUGUUGAGAUAGAUGUUAGGGAUGUUGCGGUUGUUGAAAUAAUUGGUGUACUUGUUGAGAUAGAUGUUAAGGCGGAUGUUGUGGUUGUUGAAAUAAUUGGUGUACUUAUUGAGAUAGAUGUUAGGUCGGAUGUUGUGGUUGUUGAAAUAAUUGGUGUACUUGUUGAGAUAGAUGUUAAGGCGAAUGUUGUGGUUGUUGACAUAAUUGGUGUACUUGUUGAGAUAGAUAUUAAGGCUGGUGUUGUAGUUGUUGAAAUAAUUGUUGAGGUUGUUGAGAUAGAUGUUAAGACGGAUGCUGUGGUUGUUGACAUAAUUGUUGAGAUAGAUGUUAACGCUGCAGGUUGUGGUUGUUGAAAUGAUUGGUGUACUUGUUGAGAUAGAUGUUAGGGCGGAUGUGGUAGUUGCUGAUAUAAUUGGUGUACUUGUUGAGAUAGAUGU